AUGAAGUACCAGAAAUAUAUUACGGUAAUGCAAAUGGCUAUGGGAGUGACUGCCUCCAACAAAGACAGUUGCCUCCCUCCGAAGAGACAGCUGUGGGUAACCCCCAGCUCUGAUGGUGCGUCUGCAUCCACUGCCGCCCCUCCAGUGGUGGCCGCCAGCCAAGGCAAGCCGUCGCUACGGAGAAUCAAAGGUCGCAUUCAUCGCAGCAAGAGCCUGGACAGCAUAGAUCUUUUGGACUCUAACAGUCCAGCGAUGGAGGAAACUGUGAUAUGGGAGCAGCACACGGUUACCCUUCACAGGGCACCAGGGUUUGGGUUUGGGAUAGCUAUCUCGGGAGGACGGGACAACCCACAUUUUCAGAGUGGAGAGACUUCGAUUGUCAUCUCAGAUGUUCUGAAAGGAGGGCCAGCAGAAGGCCUCUUACAAGAGAAUGACAGAGUGGUGAUGGUGAAUGCCGUGUCCAUGGACAACGUGGAGCAUGCUUAUGCUGUGCAGCAGCUGCGGAAGAGUGGCAAGAAUGCCAAAAUUACCAUCCGACGGAAGAGGAAGGUACAGAUCCCCGUGGCACGGCUUGGCGACAGAGAGACGAUGUCGGAGCGCGAGGAAGAGGAUGACAGUGAGGACGAUGAUUACAGGGCGGCGGCGGCGGCGGCAGGCGGUUCGGUGGACCGGAGGAACGAGCACGGCGGACGGAGAGAACACAGCGGCACCCGCGAGGAGAGAAGCGUGUCCCCGCGCUCCGACCGACGCUCCGUAGCCUCCAACGUCCCCCCGCGCCCCUCCAAAGUUACCCUCGUCAAAUCCCGCAAGAACGAAGAAUAUGGGUUGCGUUUGGCCAGUCACAUCUUUGUCAAAGACAUUUCGCCCGAGAGUCUGGCUGCACGAGAUGGCAACAUUCAGGAGGGAGAUGUGGUGCUGAAGAUAAAUGGAACAGUGACAGAAAACCUGUCUUUGAUUGAUGCUAAGAAGCUGAUAGAAAGGUCAAAGGGCAAGCUGAAGAUGGUUGUGCAAAGGGACGAGAGAGCGACACUGCUCAACAUUCCAGACUUGGACGACAGCAUCCCCUCCGCCAACUCCGACAGAGAUGACAUUUCAGAAAUUCAUUCACUGGCAUCAGACCAUUCCCACGAGCGGACCCACGGCAGCCGAUCACGUUCCCCCGACAAGAGGUCUGAACCGUCAGACCUGUCCCGUCAAUCACCACAGCAGAUCAGCAACGGCAGGGUGACAGGUUCUCUCUUACACAGAAUUCUUCCACAUCACAGAAGUCGAGAGGAGGAGAGAAUUUCCAAGCCUGCGGCCGUGUCGACUCCGGUGAAAGGGGUGGAGGAGGCUGCGUCCAGUGAGCAAUCAGGAUCCCGAGAUGACAAACAAAUCCCUCCACUGCCAGAGCCAAAGCCAGUGUACGCCCAGCCUGGACAGCCUGAUGUGGACUUGCCUGUCAGUCCAUCUGAUGCCCCUGUGCCCAGUGCUGCCCACGAUGACAGCAUUCUCCGGCCAAGUAUGAAGCUGGUGAAAUUUAAGAAGGGAGAGAGCGUGGGGCUGCGCCUGGCGGGGGGCAAUGACGUGGGCAUCUUCGUGGCCGGAGUUUUGGAAGACAGUCCGGCUGCCAAGGAGGGCCUGGAGGAAGGGGAUCAGAUUCUCAGGGUAAACAAUGUCGACUUUGCAAACAUCAUUCGCGAGGAGGCUGUGCUGUUCCUUUUAGACCUGCCCAGAGGUGAAGAGGUCACCAUCCUGGCCCAGAAGAAAAAGGAUGUGUACCGGCGGAUCGUGGAGUCAGACGUCGGUGACUCAUUCUACAUCCGAACUCAUUUUGAGUAUGAGAAAGAGUCUCCGUACGGGCUGAGCUUUAAUAAGGGAGAAGUGUUUAGGGUUGUGGACACUCUCUACAACGGCAAACUGGGCUCCUGGCUCGCCAUUCGCAUCGGAAAGAAUCAUCAGGAGGUGGAGAGAGGGAUUAUUCCUAACAAGAACAGAGCAGAGCAGUUGUCCAGCGUACAGUAUACCCUCCCCAAAACACCAGGGGGGGACCGGGCCGACUUCUGGAGAUUCCGAGGCCUGCGCAGCUCGAAGAGGAACCUGAGAAAGAGCCGGGAGGAUUUGUCUGCCCAGCCUGUCCAAACCAAAUUCCCAGCCUAUGAGAGAGUGGUACUUAGAGAGGCUGGGUUCCUAAGGCCAGUGGUCAUCUUUGGGCCGAUCGCUGACGUUGCCCGAGAGAAGUUGUCCAGAGAGGUGCCUGAUCUCUUUGAACUAGCAAAAACACAACAUCCAGAUGGAGGGGAAAAGAGUGAACCCAGAGACGCAGGCACUGACCAGCGCAGUUCCGGAAUCAUCCGCCUUCACACCAUCAAACAAAUCAUUGAUAGGGACAAGCAUGCAGUGUUAGAUAUCACCCCGAACGCAGUGGACAGGCUGAACUACGCCCAGUGGUACCCCAUCGUGGUGUUCCUGAACCCAGACAGCAAACAAGGCGUGAAGAACAUGAGAACCAGACUGUGUCCUGAGUCCAGAAAGAGUGCCAGGAAACUGUAUGAACGGGCCCUUAAACUGAGGAAGAAUAACCACCACCUCUUCACAGCCACCAUCAACUUGAACAGCAUGAAUGACGGUUGGUACGGAGCCCUGAAGGAGACUGUCCAGCAGCAGCAGAAUCAGCUGGUUUGGGUUUCAGAAGGCAAGGCGGAUGGUGCUACAGAAGAUGACUUGGACCUUCAUGACGACCGGCUGUCUUACCUGUCGGCCCCAGGCAGCGAAUACUCGAUGUACAGCACAGACAGCCGCCACACGUCUGACUACGAGGACACGGACACGGAGGGCGGAGCCUACACAGACCAGGAACUGGACGAAACACUGAAUGACGAGGUGGGCCUUCCCAGCGAACCCGCCAUCACCCGCUCCUCCGAACCUGUCCGCGAGGACCCGCCGGUCAUCCAGGAACCGCCUGGGUACGCCGGGUACCAGCACCCGGUUCAGCCCGACCCGCUCAACCGGAUUGACCCGGCCGGGUUCAAAGCCCCAGCUCCGCAGCAGAAAGCAGAGGCUGCUCCUCCCCAGCAGCCUGAUUCCCUGGCAGAGCCAGCGCCCCCUGCUGUUGACCAUACUGUAAAUGUAGAGGGUGUGAGUGCUGAAGAGCCCCCUACAGUUUCCCCUCAGGCUGGCUCGCUCACAAGGCCCAGCCCCGAGCUAGUUCAGCCCCCGACUUACGACCCCAACCAAUCCGGAUCCCCCGGGUCAGAACCUAAGAUUUACAGAAAGGAAAUUUACAGUAUGGACGAACCAGUGAGAGUGAGUCCUGGACUGAAGCAACCCGCACCAGCUUCCCACACUCCUGAUCCCCCGUACCAGGAACAGCCAUACAGAGAUUACGACCACCCUCCCUACCGCUAUGACGGUGGCAACUACAUGGAACCAAAGGCUCGGAACUACGACUCGCACCUGCACUACGAGAACCGUGUGCCUCCUUACGAUGAGCAGUGGUCCUCCUACGACCACCCGCCCUCAGCUCAAGCUGUACCUCCACAUCCUGCUGGUUAUGACCCCCGUCUGACCUACGAAGAAGCCCCCGAGCGAAACUACAGCCCCCCUCAGCCACGCUAUGACGGUCCCCCGCUGGGGUACGACGGUCGACCUCGCUACGGCAAACCAGGGCCGGCGCGUUACGAAGAACCUCCUCCCCCAGCCUCGGCGGGGUACGACGCACGCCUGCGUUAUGACCAAGAGCCCCCCACGUUUCCACCAGCUGCCUCCCGCUCUCCCGAACCCCCUAGGCAGAAUUACAUGGACCCCUCCCAGGGAGCCCCCUACAGUCAACCCCCACAGAGGGGCUACGAGAACACUGAAGCUCCUCCUGCUCCUUCUCCUAAACCAGAGCCUCUCUCCACUCCACCGGAGGCGGCAGUUGCCACGGCAACGAAACCCUUACCCCCACUCCCCGCCGAGGCCGAGGAGGACCCGGCGAUGAAGCCCCAGUCGGUGCUAACGAGGGUGAAAAUGUUCGAGAACAAGCGUUCGGUGUCUGUGGACAGGGCUAGAGAGACGGCAGACCCCGGCCUCAGGCCUGCAGAUAUGGUUCCCAAACCAGGUGCAGCCUCUGUGCCCAAAGCCAACUCUCUCAGUAACCUGGAUCAGGAGAAGACCUUCAGAGCCCCGGAGCCUCAGCAGCCCCAGUCUAAAGCUGCCGAUGACAUUGUCCGCUCCAACCACUAUGACCCAGACGAGGAUGAGGAGUACUACAGGAAACAGUUGUCUUACUUCGACCGCCGCCUCGAUAGCAAAGUGGCUCCUCAGCCCAGUGCCGUCAGACAACCAGCCCAGCCUCAGACACAGCCAGGGUUCAACCACCAAAGGACCGAGUCGGUGGAGAAGAUUAGUCCUGUUCCCCAGGUAACCCCUGCUGUCCCACCCCCAACACUGCCCAAACCUGAAGUGAGCUCGCCUCCUGAUCCUCAUGGCUCUCCUAAACCCAAGGCUCCCAGCCAUGAAGACACCGUGCAGACUAACUACCUGCCUCAGAAGAGCUUCCCCGAGAAAUCCCCUGUGAACGGCACUGGGGAACCUCCCAAACCCUCUGGAGCUCCCGCCACAUCCAGCUACAACCGCUACGUUCCCAAACCUUACACCACCUCUGCCCGACCAUUCGAGCGCAAGUUCGACAGCCCCAAAUUUAACCACAACCUUUUGCCAAGUGAAACCCAGAACAAGAAUGACGGGACCAGUAAAGCUCCAGUCAACAGCACAGCCAAGCCCCAGACCUCUCCCCAGUCUAUGGACCAUGACAGUGGAGUUGACACUUUCACCCGCACCAUGGACCACAGGUCUAAACUACAAAACAACAACAUUAACGCAGUGCCAAAGGCCAUCCCAGUCAGUACGAGUGCUCUGGAGGAUGAUGACGAUGAUGAAGGGCACACAGUGGUUGCCACGGCUAGGGGAAUCUUCAACUGUAACGGCGGGGUCCUGAGCUCCAUAGAAACGGGCGUGAGCAUUAUCAUCCCUCAGGGUGCCAUCCCUGACGGAGUGGAACAGGAGAUCUACUUCAAAGUGUGUCGGGACAACAGCAUUCUGCCCCCUCUGGACAAGGAGAAAGGUGAGACCCUGCUGAGUCCACUGGUGAUGUGUGGUCCUCACGGCCUGAAGUUCCUGAAGCCUGUGGAGCUGCGCUUACCUCACUGUGCGUCAAUGACCCCUGAUGGUUGGUCUUUUGCUCUAAAAUCCUCCGACUCCUCGUCGGGUGACCCAAAAAGUUGGCAGAAUAAAGCUCUCCCUGGAGACCCUAACUACCUGGUGGGGGCCAACUGUGUGUCUGUGCUUAUCGACCACUUCUGAGGAGGGCAGCAGCUGGCCUGUGACUGAACAGGAAAUCAAAGGAAACGAAAGAGGACAUCUCUCCCUAAACACUCAUGCACACACACACACACACACACA